CCCAUCCCCAUUUCCCAUUCCUGUUUCCCAUUCCCAUCCCCAUUUCCCGUUCCUAUCCCAGCUCCUUUCUGUGCUUCCUGGAAUUCCCCUCUGGAAUUGGGGCUGGAUCUGCGGGAUCUCCAUUUUUUAGGGAACAAACCCCUCCAGGGAACGGAGCCAAAAUUUGGGAAAACAUUGUGGGAUUGGAAUGAGCUUUCCUAAAAAUCUGGAUCAGGAACAGGUUCAGAGUUCAGAGCAUCCUGUGGGAAUCGUGGAAUAUUUUGGGCUGGGAAUUCUGACCAUUCCCAGUUCUGCCAAGGAUCCGCGACCCUGAAAUCCCCUGGGAUUUAAAUCCUGCAGGGAAUGGGGACUCCAGGGCUGAGAAUUCCACACAGGAUCCGUUCCCAAAAUCCAACUGAACUUUCCCAGGAAGUUUGAGGCCGUUCCCUCCUGUGGGUGAUUCCUGAGGAGCAGAUCCAGGAUUUCCCGUGGGAUCAGCAGAUCCCGAUCCCAGUGGGAUUUUCCACUUCCAGUGGAUCCCAGCAGGAUUGUCCAUGGGAUCAGCAGAUCCCAUUCCCAGUUGGAUUUUCCUGUAGGAUCAGCAGAUCCCAAUGCCUGUGGGAUUGUCCAUGGGAUCAGCAGACCCCGAUCCCAGUGGGAUUUCCCAUGGGAUCACCGGGAAUUGUCCCCGCAGAGCCCAGCCCUGUGUCCGUCACCAUCCCGGCCUCUCCCUUCAUGCAGAAGUUGGGAUUCGGCACCGGAGUCAGCGUCUACCUGAUGAAAAGGUUGGGAAUUGUUAUCCUGGGAAAUCCCGGAGGUGAUCCCGGUUUUCUUCUCCAUGGAUAUGGAGCCGAGCGAGGGAUUUGGGAAUUCGAUCCCAGUGAUCCCAUUCCAGGGUACCGGGCGCUGACGACGGCUCCGGACGGGAGCCUCUGCCUGGCCAUGGAAUUCGGGGGGGAGAAAUCCCUGAACGACCUCAUCCCUGAGGUUUCCAGGCUGGAUCCGGGAUUUGUCCCUGCUCUGAAUUCCCGGCAUUCCCGGCGUUUCCCGCUGCAGUACCUGCACACGGAGCAGCGGCUGCUCCACGGCGACAUCAAAUCCCCCAACGUCGUCGUCCGCGGCGCCUUCGAGAGCGUCAAGAUCUGCGACGUCGGCGUCUCCCUGCCCCUGGACGAGAACCUGACCGGUGGGACACCGGGAAUCACCGGGAAUGGGGGAUUCCCAUCCCAUGGAUCCCAUUCCCAGCAUCCCUUUGAUCCCGUGAUCCCGUUGUAGUGAGCGAUCCCAUUCCUGGUCCCGAUCUCUCUUUGAUCCCGUGAUCCCGUUGUAGUGAGCGAUCCCAUUCCCAUGGAUCCCACUGCCAUUCCUACUCCCAUGGAUCCCAUUCCCAUGACUCCCGUUCCAAUGGGUUUCAUCUCCAUUCCCAUUGGGAUGGGAUUCCCGGGAAUGUGGGGUUCCCAGGAAUGCGGGGUCCCUGGGAAUGUGGGAGUCCCAUCCCCAUGGAUCUCAUCCUAUUCCCAUGGAUCCCAUUCCCAUGGAUUUCUGUGAGCGAUCUCAAUCCCAAUCCCAAUCCCGUUCCUGAUAUCCCUUUGAUCCUGUUGAUCCCACUGCAGUGAGCAAUCCCAUUCCCGAUCCCACUCCCGAUCCCAAUAUCCCUCUGAUCCGGUUGCUCCCGCUGCAGUGAGCGAUCCCAUUCCCGAUCCCAUUCCUGAUCCCAAUAUCCCUCUGAUCCGGUUGCUCCUGCUGCAGUGAGUGAUCCCAUUCCCGAUCCCAUUCCUGAUCCUAAUAUCCCUCUGAUCCAGUUCAUCCCUUUCAUCCCUGCCCCUGGACAAGAACCUGACCAGUGGGACACCGGGAAUGACCGGGAACGGGGGACUCCCAUCCCAUGGAUCCCAUUCCCAACAUCCCUUUGAUCCCUUGAUCCCGUUGUAGUGAGCAAUCCCCUUCCCAAUCCAUUCCCGUUCCCGAUAUCCCGUUAUCCCGCUGCAGUGAGUGAUCCCAUUCCCACUCCUGUCCCUGAUAUCCCGUUAUCCCGCUGCAGUGAGCGAUCCCAAUCCCAAUAUCCCUGUG